AUGCACAUGAUCACGGUCGCGACGUGCGCGCUCGACCAGUGGGCCCUCGACUUUGAGGGCAACUGCAAGCGUAUCCUCGAGUCGAUCAAGAUUGCCAAGGCCAAGGGCGCGACGCUGCGUGUUGGUCCCGAGCUCGAGAUCUCGGGCUAUGGGUGCCAGGACCACUUCCUCGAGGGCGACAUCAUUCUGCACUCAUGGGAGAUGCUCGCUCGUAUCCUGAAGGAUCCGGAGGCGCGGGGCAUCGUGUGCGACAUUGGCAUGCCGAUCACCCACAAGAACUCGACGUACAACUGCCGUGUUAUCAUUCACGACGGCAAGAUUGUGCUGAUCCGCCCGAAGAUGUGGAUGGCCAACGACGGUAACUACCGUGAGCUCCGCCACUUUACUCCCUGGGCCAAGCACCGCGAGACAGAGGUGCACUACCUUCCCUCGAUUAUCUCUGAGAUUACGGGCCAGGAGACAGUGCCGUUCGGUGACGCCGUCGUUCCGACGGCCGACACCUGCCUCGGCGUCGAGCUGUGCGAGGAGCUCUUCACGCCCGCCUCGCCGCACAUCGCGAUGGGCCUCGACGGUGUCGAGAUCUUCACCAACUCGUCCGGCUCGCAUCACGAGCUGCGCAAGCUGAAUCGCCGCGUCGAGCUCAUCAAGGAGGCGACCAUGAAGCUCGGCGGCAUCUACCUGUACGCGAACCAGCAGGGCUGUGACGGCGACCGGCUGUAUUAUGACGGCUGCGCCAUGAUCGCGGUCAACAGCAAGAUUGUCGCGCGCUCCUCCCAGUUCUCCCUGAACGACGUCGAGGUUGUGACAGCUACCAUUGACCUCGAGACGGUGCGCGCGCACCGCAAGGCGAGCUCGAGGCGCAUGCAGGCCGCUCAGCAGGAGGCGUACGAGCGUGUUCCUGGGCUCGGCGGCGUCCGACUGUCGUCCAAGGGCAUGAUGCUCGGAUGGAAGGAGACGAGGCCGAGCGACCCGGAUAUGGUCUACCACAAGCCGGAAGAGGAGAUUGCUCUCGGCCCCGCUUGCUGGCUGUGGGACUAUCUCCGCCGAUCGCGCGUGCAGGGCUAUUUCCUGCCUCUUUCUGGCGGUAUCGACUCGUGCGCGACCGCCACAAUCGUGCACAGCAUGUGUCGCCUCGUCGCCACCGCCGCGCGCGAGGGCAACGAGCAGGUGAUCGCCGAUGCGCGACGCAUGACGGGCGAGCCUGCCGACAGCACGUACAGCCCGACGGACCCGAAGGAGUUUGCGAACCGCAUCUUCCACACCUGCUACAUGGGCACGGAGAACAGCUCGAACGAGACACGGACGCGCGCGCGCCAGCUCGCCGAGGCGAUUGGCGCGUACCACGUCGACCUGAACAUGGACACGGCUGUGUCGGCCGUGCUGGGCAUUUUCCGCAUGAUCACGGGCCGCACGCCGCAGUACGCCGUGCAUGGCGGCAGUGGGGCGGAGAACCUCGCCCUGCAGAACAUCCAGGCGCGUCUCCGCAUGGUCGUCGGGUACAUGUUUGCGCAGCUCCUGCCGUGGGCGCGCGGCAAGGUGGGCGGCCUGCUCGUGCUCGGCUCGGCAAACGUCGACGAGUCCCUCCGCGGAUACCUGACCAAGUACGACUGCUCGAGUGCCGACGUCAACCCCAUCGGCGGCGUGAGCAAGACGGACCUGAAGCGCUUCAUUGCCUGGGCCGAGGGCGAGUUUGAGAUGCCCAUCCUGCGCGAGUUCCUCGAUGCCGUGCCUUCUGCCGAGCUCAUCCCCAUCCAGGAGGGCAAGGGCGUGCAGUCGGACGAGGUCGAAAUGGGCAUGACGUAUGACGAGCUUAGUGCCUUUGGCCGUCUCCGCAAGGUCGACAAGUGCGGCCCCUUCAGCAUGUUUGGCAAGCUUGUGCAGGAGUGGGGCGCGUCGCUUUCCCCGGCUGAGAUUGCGCAAAAGGUCAAGCACUUCUGGUUCACGCAUGCCAUCAACCGCCACAAGAUGACGACACUCACCCCCAGCGUACACAUGGAGAGCUACUCGCCCGACGAUAACCGGUUCGACCUCCGCCCCUUCCUGUACCCGUCCAGGUUUGAGCAUCAGUUCAAGCGUAUCGACGAUGAGGCCAAGCGUCUCCAGGGCCUUAUUGACGAGGGCAAGAUCCAGCCGAAACCCGACGACGUGGACUAG